AUGGCCUCACGUGCUGAAAAGUCUGGUUUUGCACUAGAUGCACAACGGAAAAUUCGUGGUAAAUAUGAUCCAGAAUUGGCCAGCGAAAUUCUCACUUGGAUCGCCGCAAUAACAGGCGACAAUUUCGACAAGAGAGGCGAUCUCGAGAAUUUCGUCAGCACCCUCAAAGAUGGGACUGUUCUGUGCAGUUUGGCGAAUGCGUUAGAACCAGGUGCAGUGAAGAAGGUGAACACCAGUAAGAUGGCUUUCAAGCAAAUGGAAAAUAUUUCAUUCUUUUUGGAAUUCGCAACUAAGCAUGUGCCAGAAACGGAAUUAUUCCAAACGAUUGAUCUCUACGAAGGACAAGAUCCGAACGCUGUUCUCAUAUGCCUCGCAUCACUCGCAAGAAAAUCCGAAAAAUUAUUCGGUAAGAAGGGACUUGGCCCGAAGGAAGCGGAGGGCGAGAAGCGUGCAUGGACAGAACAACAGUUACGUGCCGGUGAAGGUGUCAUUGGCUCAAACAAAGGCGCUACAGCCUCGGGUAUCAACAUUGGUAACACGCGCCAUAUGUAA